AUGCCCUACCUAAUCAACCUCCUCGCCGAGGCGGAGAUUUCCCCUCCCGUCGAAAAGGAAGUUUCCCCUCCCGUCGAGAAGGAGGUUUCCCCUCCCGUCGAGGAGGAGGUUUCCCCUCCCGUCGAGAAGGAGGUUUCCCCUCCCGCCGAGGAGGAGGUUUCCCCUCCCGUCGAGAAGGAGGUUUCCCCUCCCGUCGAAAAGGAGGUUUCCCCUCCCGUCGAAAAGGAGGUUUCCCCUCCCGUCGAGAAGGAGGUUUCCCCUCCCGCCGAGGAGGAGGUUUCCCCUCCCGUCGAGAAGGAGGUUUCCCCUCCCGUCGAGAAGGAGGAUUCCUCUCCCGUCGAGAAGGAGGUUUCCCCUCCCGUCGAGAAGGAAGUUUCCCCUCUCGUCAAAAAGGAGGUUUCCCCUCCCGUCGAGAAGGAGGUUUCCCCUCCCAUCGAAAAGAAGGUUUCCUCUCCCGUCGAGAAGGAGGUUUCCCCUCCCAUCGAGAAGGAGGUUUCCCCUCCCGUCGAGAAGGAGGUUUCCCCUCCCGUCGAGAAGGAGGUUUCCCCUCCCGCCGAGGAGGAGGUUUCCCCUCCCGUCGAGAAGGAGGUUUCCCCUCUCGUCGAAAAGGAGGUUUCACCUCCCGUCGAGAAGGAGGUUUCCCCUCCCGUCGAGAAGGAGGUUUCCCCUCCCGUCGAGAAGGAGGUUUCCCCUCCCGUUGAGAAGGAGAUUUCCUCUCCCGCCGAGGAGGAGGUUUCCCCUCUCGUCGAAAAGGAGGGGUACUUCACGUACCGCGACCUGUGGCAGGAGAAGGAGCAGCGCCUCGCCGAGAGGAAGCGCCGCUUGGACCUCUUGGCCCAGCAGGCGAAGAAGCUGAAGGCAAAAGCUCAGAAGAAACUGGAAAUCACUGCGUUCGACAUCAGAGAGAUCCUGAAGAGCCAGAAGGAAAAGAAGAAAGUGAAAGUCAAGAAUAAGAAGCUCAACCAGAAGCAGCGCUGUUCUAGCUAUCAAAGUCAAGUGAACAGACUAUGUCAUUCAUGCACAAGUGGCGAGUUUCACGGUUCUCUCUCGGCCGCCGCAGCGUCAACACCUCGUCUCCAGACACAGCUCCUGCACUGGAGCCGCCACCUCUUCGGGUUCCACCUUUUUGAGGAUAUGUUGCCGGGAGACGACUCGCCUUGUUAG